CUCUAAACACUUUUCUCUCUUGUUUUUCUUACAAAAGUUCUAAGCAUAAGUGCUAUAAAUCUUCAAUAUUCUCUCGUUUUUUUUCUCUUUGCACUAUGCGCUAAAGAAGAGAAGAUAAGAAGCUUGUGAAUGAAAAUAUAAUACAAGCUUCGUAACAAAACAAAACGGGGAGGAACAACCAUCAAUGUUUUUGGAAUGUAUGGAGCAAAGUUUCCAUUGGCAUACGGGAAAAUGGCUAUGAUUACGACUUCAUGCGGCGAGGAGGAAGCAAGGAGGUGUGAUCUUCGUUUCUUGGACGAGGCGAAGGGAAAGAUUCUCGUUUGUGAUGGGAUAGUCGAUGGUGAGUCUGUAACGGAAGUCGGGGCCGUGGGACUGAUCGGGUUCGUAGAUUUAGACGACCCCAAAGUAUCAGACGACCCGAUAGUUUCCAACAUUCCUAUGUCUGGUCUGAAACAUGAUGACUACCAAACACUCUUGUCCUACAUCAAUUCAACCGAAGACACAAAUGCUUUGCGCUUUGAACUACACAGACAUAAUCUGUAAGGAUCAUCAUUGGAAACAACUCAGUUGUCCUAAAGAAUCGAACUCAAAUGUUAGAGAUCUCAACUACCCUUCGAUGGCAUCUAAAGUGACGACAUAAUCUCCUUUGUAAAUCAUGUUUUCGAGAACGGUGACAAAUGUCGGGCCAUCGAAUUCAACCUACAAGGCAGAAGUGACAUCCGAUCCAAAACUGAAAGUCACAGUUCAGCCGGAAAGCCUCGUGUUUGGAUCGGUUGGAGAGAAGAAGUCGUUCACUGUCACUGUCGUUGUCGCUCACGACAGUCUUUCAUAUGUGAAGGGUCCAGUUUCUGUGUCUCUUGUUUGGUCCGACGACUCUUAUGUCGUGAGGAGUCCCAUUGUCUUUAUUCAUCUUUAUCAACCGAU